AUGCUGGAGGGGGUGAAAGAAACGAAGCAUAGUACCGGGGAGGGAAGGAGGGUGAGAUGGUCUCCGAGCGGUAGCGACUUUGUGGUGGCGUUUGAGAGGGGUGCGGUGGUCUUCGGAGAAGACAGCAAAGCGAGGUGUAGGAUCAUAGCCACACCCCCAAGCAAGAUCCAUCAACUCUGGUGGGGCCUGUUCGGCACGAAAGAAGUCAUAGCAAUCAGCACGGAAGACGGACGAGUGGUGUUCUUCGAUCCGACCACCACACAGGACGCACCCGACGACAACAACCUCCCACUUGCGCGAGCAGUAUGGCAGAUCGGCGGACGCGCCGCAGGCGUCAGCGGCAGAGUCAAAGAUUUCGAAGUCCUUGCCCUCGAUACAGAAGAUGGUUCGGUCUCAGCGGUGGUGGUCACAGCAAGCAGCGAUGGUGCGGUACGCGUAUGGUACGUAGAUGCCGAGCAGCUGGCUCAGGGCUCAAGCAAGGCGGAUGUCAAACAGAUUGGCACAUUGGUGGGCACCCACGACACAGGCGAUCGGAUCACGUGUUUAAGGGCCUUUGUGAUGCUGCCGCCGCAGGAGGACGAUGAUUUUCAGGACAACGAGGUCGACGAAUUUGGUGGAUUCAAUGGAGAAGAGGAUAGUAGUUUGAGUGGCAGUGAGGAUGAGACGUAG